GGACGGAUUUUGCGCGUUUUUUAACGUUGUUUCGAACUGUCCGUCUGAUGCCCCAGCAUGAAGGACCAAACAACAAGCACGGCGAUCAUUACGGAUGCAUCUCUUGGGGUAGCAACUUCGACUCCCAUUUCUGAACGCCACAGGUCUGUGUCAUGCGGUGGAGCUGGCACCUCAGUUUCAAAGCUGACGUGGACGCAGUCGCAGAGUGCGGGAACCCCGCGAUGGAAGUCCCGUAGCCGCGCCUACCCGGCCAGCCCCCUUGACCUGGUGGUCCGGCUGUGCCGCUCGGAGGGCCGGCCCACGGCGCCGGGCCGCCGGCCGGAUGGGGCCAUGGCGGAGCAGCGCAAGUGCACGUUGAGCAAGCUGCGGGGGGACGCCCUGUGCGCCUUCAGCUACGGGGGCCCCCCGUGCUCCGGCCAGGGGCCCGAGCUGCAGCCAGGACACGGCGGCAGCACCAACCUGCUCAGCGGCAGCUGGGUCUUCUACAGCGCGGGGGGCGCCUCCUGCCCGCCGGCCGCCCUGCUCAGCCCCGGGAAAGCCGUGCUCACCGUGGAUGCUUCGUCUACCCAGAUCCUGACGGCCAACAAGGCAGCCUGUGCCCUGCUGGGGGUGAUGGGCACCCAGGUGGGCAGUAAGCGACUUUGCGACUUCCUGGUCAUGAAGAAGGGGCAGUACGCCCUGGCGGAUGCCGACGUCGACAAGGCCGGAGAGGUGGUGGUCAUCGCUGGGAAAGUGAUGGACCUGAUCGACAGUGAUGGUGAGGUGGUGCCGGUAUCCGUCUGGGUUCGUAAGCUCGACUCGGACUCUGAGCCCCGCUGCCUGGUGGUCAUGGAACCCGUUCAGAGGACCACAGCUACGGUCACCUUUGAUGCCGCCAGGGGCCAGAUCCUGACUGCGGACAAGAGCCUAGCCGUCCUGUGUGGUUAUUCUGAAGGUUCAGACCUGGAGGGUACUCCCAUCACGGACAUCAUCCCGUCCCUGGUGCUGCCCCCUGCCGAAGACGGUGUGCUCAAGACGGUGCGCAAGCAGCAGGCCACGGGGCGCACGCGGGACGGCGGCAGUUUCCCGCUGAGCAUCCUGCUGGAGCCGCUCUCCGACGGCGUGGAGGGGCGGGGGCCGCCCUCCCCUUCCCCGAUGGCCUACCGAGGCGUUGUCUGGGUGUUUGCCAACAUCAGCGGCAUGAUCACGGUGCUGCCAGACGGAUGCAUCCACUCCUGCAACACAAACUUCUCUCUCAUGCUCUUCGGAUACAGCCAGUCCCAGCUUCAGGGGAAGCACAUUACGGUGGUGAUUCCGUCAUUCUACGACGACUUUGAGUACCUGGACACGGAUUCGGUACCACUGCCUCCAUUAGACGACGACGAGGAAGACUCGAGGGCCUGCGCUUUUCUGGACGAUCGUCCAGAGUCUGAGUGCUCUGAACUACCCAGGCCGCUUAACCCGCUGGGAAAGUCGUUUUCGGCGCGGUGUUCCACGGGAAGAGGUGGCGGGCACGCGUCCAUGCUGGAGGAUGCGGUGACGUCGGGCCUUCAGGACCUGAGCCUGACGGGGUCGGUGACUUCGGUGAGGCAACGCAGCAGUACGGCCCCCUUCCAGCGAUCCACGUCGGCAGCGGAGCCCCUGGCUCCGCUGGUGGGCCCUUCCGGGGAGGGCGGGGAAACUUCGGGGGCAGCGGGGACGAGUGGGGACAUCAACGGCAACGUGGGGCUCAAGACACACGUCGACCUCUGCGACUGGGUCGUUUGCGUGCAGGUUUCGACGAGUGCCGACCAGCUGGACUCGUGUCCCUUGAGGGGCGGGGGCGACCUCUAUUCGGGAGACUCGUCCACGCUGAAGACGGAGACCCAGCACCGUGGGGCGCACCACGCGUCCCGAGAGGACUCCUCGUGCACCUCUUCCGCUCGCCUCCUGCGCGGGCUCGUCGAAGAGGAGGAGGACGAAGACGACCUCGUGCUCCCCUUGGGCGAGGUGCGCCUCUCGACGUCAGACAGCUUCCACUCCACGUCGACGAUGACGUCGAGCACUGUGCACAGCUCGGAGGAGAACACGCAGGAGGACGGGGCGCCGCGCCGCAACUCCUGGCGCCCCAACAACGCCUCCCCGUCGUCCAGGGCGGGCGAGGACGCGGCGUCGGGGGAGCGGGCCCUCCGUGCCGAGCUCAAGACCUUCAGGAGCUCAGAGUCACUGCUAAGCAUCGCUGAGGGGUCCUAUACGGGUCAAGGUCGUCAUCGAGACGGCUCCCACAUUGCGAUAGUGUACCAGAUCCGGAGGGUGGAGCUGGAGGAAGGAUCCUCCAUCUACUGUCUCUGGGUUUCGCGUGACCUGGAGGUGGACGGUUAUGUGCCCCAGUACCCGACGCCGUCCUGCCCACUCAGGUCCCUCACUCUCGGAUCGUCCUGCUCGGACGGUGAAUCGUCGCACAACAACGUUGAUCCGGUGAGUUGGCACCGCUCUUGCUCGGAGGACCCCGAUCACAAUGCCGCGCCCAACGAGUCUGCAGAGAGCACGGAGUCCGAGUACACCGGGGGCAUCUAUUCGGACCACUACACCACCCUGCAACAGAUCGGCAAGGGUGCCUACGGCUGCGUCAAGAUGGCGUACCGCAAGACAGACCGCCUUCUGGUGAUCACCAAGUUCAUCCGCAAGAGCAAGGUGUACGAAGAGAGCUGGGUGACGGACAGUCUGAUUGGCCGGGUGGUGCCCUUGGAAGUGAGCCUGCUCACCACCCUGCACCACCCCAACAUUGUAAGGGUGCUGGACGUCUUCGAGAACGCCGGACACUUCCAGAUGGUCAUGGAGAAGCACGGCGCCGGCAUGGACCUCUUUGAGUUCAUCGACAGGUCCCCCUGCCUCGACGAGCCCUUGGCCUCCUAUGUCUUCCGCCAGGUGGUCAGCGCCCUGUCGUACCUGCACGGCCUGCGGGUUCUCCACCGGGACGUGAAGGACGAGAACAUCAUCCUGGACGAGUGCUUCCACGUCAAGCUCAUCGACUUCGGCUCGGCUGCCUUCAUGGGCCCCGACCGGUACUUCACCACCUUCUGCGGCACCGUCGAAUACUGCAGCCCGGAGGUUCUGCAGGGCAACCCCUAUGCUGGGCCCGAGCUGGAGAUGUGGGCCUUGGGGGUGACGCUGUACACCCUCAUCUUUGGGGAGAACCCCUUCCUGGACGUCGAGGAGACCAUCUCGGCCUGUCUCAGGCCCCCAUAUGAGACCUCUGAAGAGCUGUGGGGUCUGGUCUCGUGGCUGCUGCACCGUGACCCCCAGAAGCGUUGCACCCUGCCGGAAGCGGAGCGCCACCCGUGGACCACGCAGCCCGUGUGCCCGGAAAGCUACCGCUUCGAAGACGUGGUUCAUGCCACCCCGGAGGAGAUCUGUCCAUCCAAGUACUUCCAGCAAGACGGCUCUAUCUACUUCAGCUGCAGCCUGUAUGACAUUGGCAAGGGGGCGGCGGCCGCUCGUACCCCGAGCUGCGGCAGCUCGGCCAGCCGUUCGAGCCACACGAGGGUCCAGUCGCACGGUCUCGCUACGGCCAACCCUGACGAAGCGGCCGACCCUGACGGAGCGGCCGCGGCUGGCACGUCCGGUCCGAUCUACGAGUCGACCGACAUCUUAGAAGGCCUGGAAAGCUGUUCCUAGAAAAGACGGGUCUCGGCCUGCGUCUCCAUUAACCCGUCCCUCUUUUAAAAUUUAUUUCGGUUUAAAAUUUUAGGUGAAGAAUCCGACGUCGUUUUUACACUUUACAAGCCCCUCAUAUUUACUUUCUUUUAAAUUUGCGAAUCUUCCAACGGCAGUGCGUCGCGACUUGCUUCGUCUUGUUUUGGUCUAAAUUUUUGGACCGGAACCUACCGUCAUUUUUGCACUUCUCGAACCGCUCGUAGUCACUGUUCGGAUUCGCAGGAUCCUCGACACCGGCGCGUCGGGACUCGCUCAGAAUCUUUAGCACUGUGGCGGAGUUUUACGGUGCAUUUGUUAUUCCGCGGCAAAGUGAGCUCUUUUGCCGAGUGUUAUAUAACGGAUCGCGUUGCGUCUUAGAACUUGAAAAGGGAACAGAACACAUAAACAUUAUAUUAUAUAUAUAUUUUUUACUGUGGCGUCACGCUUAGUUUUUUAGAGUUUUGAAAAUGUCCGAAUGGUUUUGAUGGGAAUGACGCAAUAUUCUCGACCCGCAAGACUUGUACAUAUGACGCAACCAUGUUUCUUUUUUCUUUCUUGGCCGACAUUCCAAAGCUAUGAAAACGGCGAGACCUGCAACAAAGGUUUUGGGAGCACUCUGUUGAUUGAAGCCUGUGUUGCUGGUCUCCCUUUUUCUCCAUUUUUUUUACUCUCCCGGCGAAAAACAGUUGUCGGAACAUUUAGCUUAACCAUGUCCUAAGCCACAUCACCUGUUCUUUUUCUGGCUUAUUCUUGCAGCCAAAGUUUCAUGCCUCCCAAAUCGCCGAAGAACUCUUAGUGUGAAUAUUUGAACGAAAAAAAGCCCAACGUGGCUUUGAACAGGUUUUGAGCAGAGAACUGUACAUACAUGUAUUUAUUGACAAAUAAAUGUUUACUAGAAGAA